AUGAAUAAACUCGUUUUCCUUCUGGGUGCUUCGCUCUUCUUUUCAGCAGUAUCCGCAGCUGGAAAUGGUAAGUUCGUCUCUUUUUUGUGUUGAUCAUACAGUAACUGUUUUCAGUCUGUAAACAAGGAAACAUCGUGAACAUGGGCUCCGUGCCGUACUACUGGCCUUCCACUUGGCGAGAGAAUCAGACGGCGCCUCAGUUGGGAAAGGAACAGUCGUGCAGUUGGACAGUGACCAUCCCGAAAGGAUACUACGCCAAACUGAUUAUCAACGGAAAGACGACGGAUAAGGAUUCCCGCUUCCAGAUGAUCGAUUCUGCUGGAAACCUUGUUCAGUAAGUGCCUCUCUUCAAUAGGAAAGAAAUGAAUUCGGAUUCAGAACAACGCACGAAGGAAUGCAGCCGUACUACUUCCCUCCGUCCAAACUUACUCUCGCCGUUUCCAACGAGGCCGUCGCCACGUUCGCUUUCAAAAUCAUCUGGGCUCCUCGUUAGUUUUCUCUCCCCUAGUUCCUUUCAAAUCCGUCUUUUUCCAGUUCCAGCCGGUCCUAAAUUGAUUGCUGGAAUCGGUGACACUCCGCAUCUUGUGAACGUUUCCGACAUCGGAGCCACCGCGUACAGUGGAAUCCUUUCCCUUCUCAUCUUCCCGAACGAUCCGAAGAACAUGUACCAUCUCAGAUGUUCUCUCGUUUUCCAAGGCACAGAUUCUGAUGGAACAUAUAUUAACAAGUGAGUUAGCGCUUUCCGAACGUUAGAACCGAUUCCACCAUUUUUAGUCUUCACGCCUUCUACAAUCGCCGUCAGCAAUGGGUGUCCACUGGGGGUAUCUACGUUGUGAACCUCGAGGAUAACCCGUUGGCCGACAAGGACCAAAUGCUCGUACAAAGUUACCUCGGUACGUAGGAGCAUCCCUCCAGGUUUCAUUGAUGAUCUUCAACCGUCUUCAGAUACCAAACAGCUCAACGAUUACGAGGAAUUGGUGUGCGGAACGAACACGACGUGCACAUUCACAAUUAACGGACGAAAGGGACCAUCGGCCCUGGUCGCCGUGAAUGGUGGCAACUUGACACUGACUGACAUUCAGAUGGAGAAGGUGAGCCAAAAAGUAAUCGGAUAAUAAUAAAGUUACAAUGUGUUGCAGUCUGCCAAUCUGUCCAUCUACUAUGGAUCGAUAUCCCCCUUCUUCUUCUACAAAUCCUAUAUGUCAGUCAUUGAGAGUUGACUUCGUGAAAGCAAUUGAAAUGAUUUCAGGGGCUCUGAAAUCCAAGGCCUUCUUCCUCUGAUCUUCGAUAGCAGCUGGGUCCUACAGUACGUUAUCAGCAGCGGAAAGGCCGUAUUCACAUUUGCACAAUAA